GGCUACUCAGUAAACGUUGGGUACUAUUGCGGGUACCACGGUUCUUUUAGUCGAAGUGGACCGGCUUUCGGACCAAAACAAACUCUUUGCGAUGUAUUUUUUAAUUCGGACACGUGGGUGAUUCAGUUUUUACUUUGUCGGUCUUGGUUGGGCAAAUCUAUCAGACUUGCCCAUGCGAAAGUAGUGUAGUUUAUGUCCUUGCUAUAUGGAACAGUUAUUAGUUAUAACUGUUGCUUGAUUAUUAAUUGGCAUAUCUAGGAGCCCUUCAGUUUAACGUAUGUUAACUUUGGAUUACUAUUUUGCUUUCAACUAAGGUUUCUGGGCUCACAAAGUCCACAGAUGAUUUGAGCAAGAAGCAACGACUCAUCUUAGCGGACCCAAAACUGAAGAAACCGAAGAUUGUAAAGUCGACGGUGGUAAAAACGGCCAAAAAGCGAAACGCACAUAAGCCAAUUAGUGAUAAAAGCUUGUUUUCCAAUUCAGAAGAAAGUCUUGGACAUUUAGAUGAAGUGUGUGAUGUGAUCGGUGCGACAGAUAAAUUGGUGAAAGUGAAAGAUUGUGAAGAUUUUCGCCGAUCGGAUGAUAGUGGAAUCAAUCAACCUGUGCGAAAAACCAUUGACCAUCCUCAGGAUUAUUGUGGAGAAAUUGAAAGUAAUGGUAAAGGUCUAGGCAGAGCAACACCACCUCAAAUUCAUGCUGUUGCCGCAAAAAUCAUCGAUCCUCUUGAGCCCAACUCCAUGAUGAAUCUAAACGAAUCUCCGCCUCGGGAAAUACCUAUAAGCGAUUCCAAUUCGUCGAAUUCGGUUGCAAAAAGCCAUUGCAACAACCUUCACAAUAACUCAGUUGAUUUCAUCGAAAUGUUAACAUUGGACGCCAAAGAGUUUCUGACUAUUAAGUGCGUUUGUGCAGUGAAAUCCGACGCACGGCAGGCGUUUUGUAAAGAGUGUUUCCGCAAUUACAAAGGAUCGUUAGAUAAUAUUAACGGGGAAACAUCCGAAAAUAAAAGCAUGGAUGCAGAUGAAUGCGGUGGCUUAUUUAACGAUGACAGCGUUUUAAUAACCGAAGCAAAUGGCUCAUGUGAAGCAAAAUUUUUAAACAAUAGAUUGCCAAAUGCUAGAGAAAUUGUCGUUGAGACACACAAUAACGGAGAACAAAAGCCUGAUUACAAAACGAAUGAUCGCUUAAGCUACGCAAAAUGUACGACUCAACCGGAACCAAUCGAUUUGAGUCAGUCUUGCGUUUGUUCAAUGAAGCAGAGCACCGAAAUAAACAAUAAAGCAUAUGACGACCAAAAUGAUAAAGAAUCUAGAACAUGUGAUGAAAUAAAACGAGUGAAAAAUGGAAACAAUUCUGCUGGGGAUGAAGCUGAGGAGCCUGAAGGUUUAUUGACGAAUGCCAUAGAGUUGGAUUUAGAACGAGCUGUCCGGAAAUUUUUGCAAGUGGGCUCCAAACCUCCAAACCCUUGUGCUUUGGGCAAAGAGCUUCAAAAAUGUGCUUGUCAUUCGAUGGCUGAUUCGAACCACAACCUGCUUUCCAACAUCCUGAAAGCCAUUCAAAGCAACUAUCAAAGAGCGGAGCUCGAGCAAAGUCAGUCGCACAAAUUCAAUGCAGGAAAAGAAAGCUAUGAAGAAAGAUGUAGAAGCACACAAAUAAACGCCACAGAAAGGACAGAAAAUGAAAAUUGCAGUAACUAUAUCGAUUUUCCGGACACAAACAAAAAUGGUAGAGGAUAUUGUAAUGAGAACGUUUUCUUAAGACGAACCGAACCAGGUCCAGAAAGUCCUGAUGAAACUGAAAGUGGAUCUUCUAGCACAAGUUCAGUAAGUUGUGAGAGUAAAAAAUUGAAAUUUACAAACGGCGUGAAGCAGACACUCGGAGAUCCAGGAGUCACUUCUUGCAAAGGUCGUGGGACUAAUGCGAUACAGCCAAUUAUAACUGAUCCUCAAAAUAAACUGAUUAAUUUGGAAGCAGUAAAGCCAAAACAAACGUGUGUAGAGUCUUGCAAGUGCAUUCAAGCAUCUUUGGCGACUGUUUCUGAAAGCCAAGUAUCCGUUGAACAUGCGGCAAUGGAAAACCUAAAUGGAAGCAAUUCAAGAAUCCUUGAUGAAACAGGAAAUGUUGGGUACGAUCAAGGAGGCACGAUAGCUAACAGUUCUAGUCCGGCUUCUCGCAGACAUUGUCAGCCAUCAAGUUCUUAUGCAGUUCUCGAUAGUAAAAUGUCGCAAAAAAGUGAAAAUGUAGUUCCUUCAGCUGCAAGUAGUUCGUUGAUUUCAAGUUGCACGGAGGGAAUCAACUGCUGCUCAAAAAGUGCAGUUGAUUUUUCAAGUUCAUUCAGUUGUGAAAACACAGGUUUAGCUAGGCAUAGAAGGAAAGAUAUAGUAAACGGAGAUUUACCCAAUUCUGAUGGAUUUGAAGCAAACUUUACUGGAGCAAAUGGUGCAAAAGUGAAUGAAGAAGGCACUCGGGAAGCUGCAGAUUCAGUUAAGUGCGCUAAUAAUCCUACUUUCGCUGCUACCGGUAACGAGCCUUUACGCGACAAGGCUGGUAAAGAUGCUGCAUUUGCAAGCUCCCCAACUUCAGCAGCAUUAGCAGAUCUUGUCGGUGUAAAUCGUGAAAAUAUCAUAAAGAAAGAAAAAAACAAGGGAAUUGACCUUGACCCUAAAAGCAUGCUGGAACACGUCGUUAAUCCUGCGAGUUCUUUGCCAAACUCUUCGGAAAGGCUCCCCAGCAGGAGCGACCAUCGUCAGCAGUCAGCCUACGGAGAAUCGUGCGCUUCUCUUGGAUCGAUCGGUAGCGAUGGACGCUCGCAGGAGCAAGCGCCGAUUUCCAGUCGCGAAUUUGCCGUCAACGUCGUUCCCAACGACGCUGCCGGGAUCCGUGUUUCGCAGGCCUCUAAUCCUGCUGCUGUCAACCUUUUGUUGACAGAACCCCCGUCUGAUUUCUGCCAAACUUGCACAAGCUCAGAAGGCGCCCGUUCUGAGCAAGUGAAUCUAAUCGGGCCUCGCAUUGCAGCUGCAAAACAGCAGGAACUUACGUGGGAAUUUCGAAACGGACGGCUUGUGUUUGCAGAGAACAGAACAAAUUCAGCUAGUUUACGGCCAGGUGCAGAACAAGUGGUUUGUUCAGAAUCUUCUCCUACUUUGAAAGUUGACGAAGGAGGGCAUCAGUUGCGGGAAAAUUUGACCGAAAAUCUUCAUGGAUCUGCGGAUGGUGAUGCUGUAGAUGCAACAGAUCAACAGGCUAUCAGUGAACGAUUUCCAUUAACUUCCAGUGCAAAAAUUGAAGUCGAACCACCUGUUCCUCAGAUUAACAACUGCUCAACAGAUGGCUCAAUUCUAAGUUCAAACCACAUUUUAUCGAGCAGGGAUAUUAAUAAACGUGCAGGAGAUAUCAAUUCGAGGCUGAAGUAUUUGGAGGAUAAGUUGAAAAAAGCUGGAAUAACUGAUACCAAAAGCUCAAAGCAUAGUGAGGAAGGCACUUUGAUUGUACCUAACUUGAAUUGUGCCAAUAAAGAUAACACUGAGCCAGAUAAAAACAACAACAGAAACAACCUGGGAUGUUCAGUUGAGGCUCAAUCCAGUUGCGAUUGCGGCCAUAAUAAAGACAUUUCCAAAACUCAUCAAUACGUGGCAUUUAAUGGGAAUCUGCAAGAAGAAAACGGGGACCUAAAAGUAAUAAAUUACAGUGACUUUCAGAAAGAUUCUUCUGGUUUUUCUGAAAAGGAAAUUGUAAGCAGAGGCAUCGAAGACAAAGGAAUUAAUAGCGAAAGUGAAGAUUUUAUUCCGGACGGUUUCCAGGAUUUUUGCCAAUUUGAUGUGAACGACUUAACAGGUCUCUCUGCAUUUGAUACUAAUGAGUCGUUAGGAAUCUACGAUGAAUUUCUUGAAGACAGCUCCUCUGAUGAAUCGUGCGACUGUGUUGAAGAUGACCAUUUUAUUGUUAUAAGAAGAAUGAGAGGAGACGGAAUUGCGAUGGUGAACGAGUCCCUGGAGCGCAACAAGCACAAUCCCGACAGGGAGAACUUGAAAUCUCUCCUUAAGAAACCGGGCCAUCUGAAUGGCAGAAAAUCGAACCGCGUCGUGUUUAACGAAAAGAAAAACGAAUUUUUCGAUGCGGACUACAUCAUACUGAUUCGCGAAGACUGUGAACUCGAUGACGAUGACGAUGAUGGUGUCUGCACGUGCCAACAGCAUGAGAUGGUCAGACUUACGUGUUGUGAACCGAACUGUAAUUGUCAGUAUGAGGGCGGCAUGGAACCGACACCGCAAAGCCCGAAAUUUGCUCCUCCAAUGGAGUUUGUGGAUGCGGUCACUUUGAGUCCUCCUGAGGGCUACAAAGACAUGGAACUCAUGGCAGUAGCCAGAGGCCAACAACGAGGUGCAGUGUGUCGGGAAUGCAGUGCCACUCAUGAAGGGGAAAUUGAUGAAGGUGAGGCUUCGCAGUCCGACAGCGAGAUGGAUGGCCAAACAAGGGAGCAAGAGGAGAAAGAAAAGACUGAUCAAAGUCAACAGACCACGCCCACAACUCCACCGAGUUCCGGAAGCUCAAACAAUCAAAAUUACAUUCUGGGGACAAUGCCCAUGAACAGGAUCCCACCCCAAUACCAAAGCCCCAAACCUACUGAAAUAACUGAAAAACCUCAACCACAAGGUUCUCCAAUCAGUGGCAUCUUGAAAGGAGGCAGAUUGUGGAAACAGCAAAGCCAGCAGAGCGCAGAUCCGCACUAUGCAAAAAAUUCUGAUCUAAAUUUAUUGUCUUCUGAUUCGGUUACUUCAGACGAAGAAACUGGCAAUAGAAGAUCGGUGCGCUUCAUUGAAUCAGAGGAACGAGGCAAACGAGAUAGUUGCGAUGGAGCACCGGAGAGUUCUCCCGAUGAGGAAACUCGAGCCCAAAAGGACCGGAUUGUUAAUGAGCCUGCACAGUCAAACGCUAAACAAGAAGUUAUGCCCGGAAGCUCACCGGAUGCUCCCGAAAUGACAUUAACGUUUAAAUUGGGCAAUCACGUAUUAAUUUCCAAUAAUAGUUUGAAGCCGAAUUCGGCUGUUCGGCAACUGUUUCCUUGCACGAAAAAUUUAGCUGCAGCUCAAGGCGUCGAGGAAGAAGAGAAUUCGCAACAGUAUCUGGUAACUGCAGAAUCUCUGAGAGCGUUUGAAGAGGCGAAACGUUCCAAGUUACCGCAAAUCAUCCAAAGUGGGGAAACUGAUGAAACCAUCAAAAGAGCGAUUGAAAGAAAUACGCUACGCAGAUCGUUGAUUCGUUACGAACCCAGAAAUAAAAAACAGCCGUAUAAGAGCGAUAACUCUUUGGUGGAAAGAAUCAAACAGCUUACGUGUGAUGUGGACGAUAAAAGUACCAAAGUUGAGCCAAAUCCUUCAUCCAGUGGGACCAACGAGCAGGCGGAGGAUAUUUUAGACAGUCGAACGAGUCCACCGGGAGAAGAAGCGAGGAAUUCACCCGACGUGAACACUUUGAGUGUCAAUAAAACUCAAGACAAAAGCUUCUCUCCCUCCUCAUCUAGCACGACAUCUUCGAAUAGUUCAAUGUCGAUAAACCAAAGCUAUCAGCAGGCGAGAAAACUGUCAGCAACCAGCGAGCAAAUUUUGAUGAUCGACCCGAAAAGAUCCGAAACCCUGCCAGAUAUUCAGAAUAACUUUAGAAGAGAAAUAAAGAAUUUGCCUGAUAUUGGCGGUCCUCCUAACCAAGAUCUUAACGAACAGUUUCGCAUGUUACCAUAUCCUCCAGAUAUCGGUCACGGUGCUGUCGUCAACAAAAUUAAUUCUGCCUCUAAUACGAACGAAUCUAGAAGACAGUUUCUCUCCACUCUUGCCCCAUUAACCGCAUGUGUCUCUAUGGGAGGAGCCCACAAUGAGGAUUAUUACUAUCACAUGAGUAAUAAUCACCCAGGUGAUCGCGUAUCUGUAGCAAGCUCUGGAACAGAAUACAGCCUUGAAGAUAUCGAUGAAGGUUUAAAAACUGCAGAUGAUGAUCGCAAAAGAAAUGCGCCGGACGUGUUGGCCGGCACGCCAUCCGCUUCGGAAUCUGGAGAUGAAUUGGCCAUGUUUGUUCAGCAGGAUGCUGGCAGAAUCGAACGCAUUAAGAAAAAAUACCAACCGACGGAACAAUCGUCAAAAGGAAAUAAAGCCAACGACGAAGACGAUGAGAAUGAUGACUAUGGAUUCAAUAGGCGACCGAGUGUAUGUGGAAUCCAACCGCAGUUCAGCAGCACUUCUGAAAUUUUACAGCAAAUUCAGAAUAAGUUGCAACCACCACCACCUCCGUCUGCUAAAGUUGCAUGGCCGUAUUAUUCGUCUACGCUAACGGACAACAAGCAGAAGAAUAUCAAUGUGCCAUCAAGCAAUUAUCACUACAUUAAUUUGGCGGAAGAUGCGAAAACACGAAACUAUCCACCUCAAUAUAGGCCGGCGCCAAUGCAGGAGGAAAGUUUAUACCAGAAUUGUGCCAAUCAAAGAUGCGUCUCCAGAGGUGUAUAUGAAAGAUCGAACGCAAACGUUUAUUCUUCAGUCAUACGCAUGGGAACGGAUUAUUACCAACCGGUACCAGGGUCGCGACCAAGAAAUGGUCGACCUCAAUCUCCUCCACCAAUGGAUAUGUCGAAACAGUUCCACCAAACAAUGGUGUAUAUUCCGUAUAAUCAUAUAGAAGGAUACCAACCAGUUCAAUAUUACCACCAGACUGGCACCAGCGACUAUGUUACACGUGUAUCAAGUCAAAAUCAGAUCAACAAACGUUACAUUGAACCGAUAUAUCAAUCGAGGGCACACCAUCAUAUGGAUGAGCACCAUUACAAUCCGAAUAUGUUACCACCUGUGCCUCCAAAGGUUCUAAACAGAGUUUCCUAUCCAAAUGGACAACCGCCUCCUCAUGCCAUGAUGAGUGGAAGUCGGAGUGAAUCUCCAUUAGCUGGUCAAUUUUCCACAGCCCGAUCUACUCAGACUCCAGGUCACGCUAUGCCAUCUUGUGGGUACUAUCCUUCAAACUCCAGGUACCGCCCCAUGGCUGGGCCUGGGCCAAUGUGGCAAGGAGAGAGCAACUACAGUGGAAAAGUGAACAGGCAUAGUUUUCCAAGUGUUGGAGCUCGGUAUUAGCCAAAGUUCUAGCAGCACGAUGACCUCACCAACUUCACCUCAAAACCCACCAGUGCCAACAAGUCAGAAAGCCAUGUUUUACGCAAUGAACGUCUAAAAAUUGCGAAAAAUCCAUGUAAGCAUGUUAACUUAAUCAAAACAGAAUCCUUGAAAAAAAUGUGGAUCAAAGUACUAUUAAGAAAACUACAGGCAAAACAGUCAACCAGAACCUGUUGGAAAGUUUAUCAAUUCACUUCUGACUUUGGAAAUUUAUAUAUGUUGUCUGUUGUUUCUGAGAUUGCAAAGUUGGGCUGAUGCAACCAACCAAUAUGUUAAGGAAUUGCACAUCAACUAGUAUUGAGGGUACAAAUAGCUAAAUAAUAAUUGAUUGACGGGAUACUUGUACUUACAUCUAACCAAGCAGCUAUUUGUUCCUGUAAAAUAGUAGCGAUUUUAUCUUAAAGUUAUUAAUAUCUUAGUAGGUUAUAAUAACCAUCAAAUAAGGGCAGAAAAGUUGCUUUACAAGCAACUUAAAUGUUUUACUAUAGUGAACAUUUCAAAAUACUUAAUGUGUGCUUGUGAUUUAAAUAUAAAUUGUUACAUCAAGUUAAGUUCAAAUUUGCUUAGGCUUGGUUGUUACUGUACAAAAGAAAAGAACACAAUUUUUUCGCUUACCAAAUAAGUCAAGUUUCGGGGUUUGGUUGUUAUUGAGUUGGAAAACUGUUUUUUGAGAAUUUUAAAAUUUUUCGCGAGCUUAACAGGGGAAUUCAUGACAUUGAGAGUCAAAGUGCUAUGAACACAAUUUAUGAAACUUUUUAUUCCAACUUUAGAGCUUUCCAAACGAAAAGCUAUUAAUUAAAUUCCUACUUUUGUCAAAGUAUUGGGAUUUACAACAUGGUUCUAAAACAAGUGUUUUAAAACAAAUGAAACUCUUUCUUAGAACCACGGAUUAACGAAACUUCGAAAAUCCAGUGGAUAUCAAAACACCAAGGAAUUCCCUGUUAGUUGAAUAUUGUUGAACACAUAGUUGAUUUCUCUUUGUUUUUGUUUGAUUGUGUGGCUCUAGUUGUUAGAAUUUCCCAUGUUUUCUAAUGUAAAAGACAAAAUGUGUAGAGUAGACAUUGUUGCCAAAAAGGAGAUUCCAAUACCAAAGUAUUAUUAGUUAGAUAAGUGUUAAUUGACCAAAUACUAAAAUAAAACCAUUGAUUAUACUGAAAGACGGUGUGCUCUAAUAUUUUUCUGCAGUAUUACUUAAGUAUCCUGGAUCUGAAAUUCGUUUAAUUAUGCAAUAUUUACCAAGUUGCAAUGGACAUGUUAGUUCCAUGCAAAAGUGGUGAAUAUUGUCAUCAGAAGUACAUAUUAUAUACUUAUUAUUUUUGGUGACUUUUAGACAAAAAUACCAAGAUUGUGAUUAAACAAGUGACAAAGUUGCUUUAGUUAUUACUUAUAAUGUAUUGAUUACUGGUAGAAAAAGAAUAAUUGUGUUUAAAAUAUUUAUUUUAACAAUAAGUAGAAGAGUUUACUCCGAUCGGGGUAAAUAAUUAUUUAUUUAUUGAUAUAUUGUAAAAGUGAGAAUUUAGAAAGUCGGUCUAAGCGUAUUUAUAGACUCAGAUGUAUUACUUACGUAACAAAUAUUGAUCUUAUAUUGUUGCUCAUAAUAUUAGAAAAGUGACUCUACUGACUUACUAUGUUCCUUAACUUAGACUUAGAGUAAGCUUACUUAUAUAUUUGUCGUUAAGCAUCUCAUCUGUGUUAUGAUAUUUUCUCUGCAAAUUUGUUGCAAUUGAUAGAUUUUUUUAUAUAGUUUUUUAUAUGUUAUUAAAGUUGGUAGAGUCUUCCUUGAAUAGAAAAUGGAAUUGUUUUGAGAGAUCUACUGUUUAAGUUAUAAGGAAUGUCUAACAUAUUUUAUACCAAAAUUAACUACAUACUGACACAAAAUGAAUUAUAAAAUAUUACAAUGAUAUUAAUAAAUUGAUUGUAUACUGAA